AUUAUAAAGAGAAGGUACCACCAGCAGCAGCAGGUCGAGUGAAAAGCAAAACAGCAAGUAGCCUCUGAACUGAAAAGAGCCCUUCUGCCCAGACACAUGGCAACACAUGAUGAUUUCACAUCAGCUAAGUACCGAGCCCCUGUUGCGGUGUAUUGUGGGAGUGUCCCCAAAAUCAAACCCAGAUACAGAUCGCUGCGAGGGGGAAGCAUCGAUUCAAACUUGCAGCUGUAUGGAAGCAGAUGGACGACAGCAGAUGAAGCCUCUCUUCAGUCUGUACUGAAAGUCCAGAUGAAAAAACAGUCAUGUUUGUGGAGUGGAGAUGGGGGCCCACCUUAUCCCAGAGCCAUUUCCUCUCUAGAGGGCUUGGACAGCCCCACCUUGAAACAGGAUCCCAAAGAACUGGAGGUGAGCAGUGCGGCCAUGGAAACUGCUCAGAUCAAGGACAAGCUCAAGAAGAGGAGGAUCUCUGAGGGCUUAUUUGCAUCACACAGAGGCUUGCUUGACUCCAGUGGCCCCAAGGAGGUUGCCCUGAAGCCAGCUGUUUCCAGAUCUGCCUCUCAAAGGCUGCUGCUAACUUCCAAGCCCAUGCCUCCCAUUCAAAGCAUCCCUACCUCCCCAGAAGCCAAUGGCACAGAUGAAAGGGAGCAGAAAACCUUGGAGAAUGGCAUGAUCAGCUGGAGCCAUGGUGAGACCCACACUGAGCUGACUCCAACUUCCCAAGAGACUUCCCAGCAGUACUUGCAUUGCAAUGAUGAGAAGAUGAGGAAGUCAUUAGGUUCUGCUUUGAUUCCACCUAUUCCCAAAUCAGUGAGACCACCUGAUGGAGACUCUGGCAAUUCUCCAAUGCCUCUUUCAAGCUCUCAGCAAUUGGACCAGGCUACUCUCACUAUACAGGAGACUGCUGAUUUAAGGUCAAGGCCAGACAGCAAUGCUGAGGAGAAGAUCCUUAAAUCUCUGGAAUUCAGAACUCUGGAACCCAUUUUGCCUGCUCCCAAAAAUGGCUUGACCGGUAGCAUGAAGCCUGCUGAAUAUUUACUGCCAUUAACAACCCUCUCCCUCAGCCAGGCCAAGGAGACAGGACCCCUAUCGAGCCCUCAUCUUUUAAAGGGUGAUGAUUGGAAGGAGAGCAAUGGAAGGAUCCACGUCACAAUAUCCAAGUCAGCUCAGGAGAAAAUGCGCCAGAAGCAAAUGAAAGAGAUGGAGCUUUUGCGCAGCGAGAGGGAGAAGGAAAAAGAGAGAGAGAAGGAAAGGUCCCUGCAGCUCCAUGAGCAAUUGCAGAACGUUGACCCAGGGGCUAUUGCUCAGGAAGUCCCCACAGGUUUUGGCCUGCUUAACACCAAUGGGAUCAUUUCCAUUACCCCCAACGUGACCAACCCAUGCAGAGCCAGCGUUGGUAUUGCCUUAAAGAAACGGGUCAACAGGCCAUCUCUGCCUAGUAUCCCUAUCAUCAAUCAAGACAGCAGCUUCAUGCGACACUCAUCAGCUAACUCCCUGCCAGCAAACACUGUGGAUUCUCCAGAGGGGGAGGAGGAGUCUGAAAGUGCGGAAGCCUUGGAGAUGAGACCCUUCUCUGACCCAGAGCAAGGGCUGGUCGAUGCUCUCAAGUGGCUCAGUAGCAAUGACUGGCCACUGAAGGAGAAAGGACUUUUCAGCAUCAAAUGCCUGGCUACCUGCCAUUCAGAAGUCCUCCUUUGUCGACUUCAUGAUGUUUCCUUGGCAGUUACCAGAGAGGUUAGCAACCUCCGCUCAAAGGUGUCUCGCUUUGCUAUCAGCACUCUUGGCGAGCUCUUCAGGACCAUGAAGAAGCACAUGGACCAGGAGGUUGAGGAGAUUGCCCGGGUCCUGCUCCACAGGACAGGGGAUUCCAGCGAGUUCAUUCAGAAAGCAGCUGAUCGAUCCCUGGGCAUCAUGGUGGGGAGUGUGACUCCCAUGCGAGCAAUGGCUGCCCUCAUGGCCGGUGGAGUAAACCAUCGUAACCCCCCCGUUCGAAAGUGCGCCGCUGAACACUUACUGACUGUCAUGGAACAGAUUGGGGCUGAGAAACUUCUGUCAGGCACCAGAGACAACACAGAACUACUGGUCCAGACUCUGGUGAAGCUUGCUCAGGACUGCAAUCAAGACACUAGGUUUUACGGCCGGAAGAUGCUGAAUGUGCUGAUGCCUCAUCCGAAAUUCGAUGGGUAUUUGAAACAAUCUCUCCCAUCACAUAACUUGCGAAAUGUUAUGGCAACAAUAAAGCAGAAAGGGAUGGAAGACAAUGUAUCUGAACCUCCUUCUACCAAAAGCCGCAGGGAGUCUAGGAACAGCAGCUUGACUGCCUCCCAGGACAGUCUGCCUUCCAGCGAAGGGUCCAGAUCAGACACCCUAGCACCAGCACAGCCAGUGGUUCGUCGCUCAUCUCUCCGUAGCGUGGAAGCGAUGGAGCAGCUCAAGGAGCUAAACAAACUCCUGAUGGCCAAGGAGUUUCAGACACGAAUGGAGGGAGUGACACUGCUGGUGGAGCACUGCAGGAACAACCCCCAGUUUGUCUCCGCAAACAUUGUCCAGAUUUUUGAUGCUUUUGCCCUGAGACUUCAGGACUCCAACAAGAAAGUGAACCAGCACGCGCUAGAGUCAGCUGCCUCCAUGAUCCCUAUCCUCAAAGAUGGUUUACACCCAGUUGUGGUCUCCAUGGUGACGGUUGUCACUGAUAACUUGAACUCUAAGAAUUCUGGGAUUUAUACUGCAGCAGUGAGGGUGCUGGACACAAUGAUCGCUAACCUAGAUAAUGCGUUGCUUCUACAAGCAUUUGCCAGCAGAGUGCAUUUCAUCAGUGGUCGAGCCAUGCAGGACAUCACGGAACACCUGUCAGCGCUUGUAGCUUCUGUCUACCCUCGGAAACCCCAGGCUGUGGAACGUCACACCCUGCCUGUUCUCUGGUAUUUCCUGAACAACAUGAUCGGAAAUGGGGUGUUACCUGGUAGGAGCGGGAAUGUCAGGACUGUGGUCUGCAAGCUUGCUAAAAGCCUGUACAAAGAGAUGGGACGCAGCCUAGAGGAUCAUGCUUCCAGCCAACCACAACAUGUGAUAAAAUCCCUCCGGGACCUUUUAGACAUGGAACUCCAGUGAAGGAGGACCAGUAGCCUCCAGGGCAGUUUACAGUGUGGCACUUGAUGGGGUAGAUAAAUGAAGUGGUGGACAUUAUACUGGCAAUGAUUUUAUUCUAUGUUUUUGGAGAAAGGAAUAAGUUUAUAGAUCCAGAUGUAUAUAGUAUAUUAUGAAGUAGAAUUAAACAAAUCGCGUAUUUUUAUAAGGUUUUAUUUCUUCAGCGUUUGUUCCUGAGAGGUUUUACAUAGAUCUUUGAAAAACAAUAAUUAUGUAUAAAUGUUGUGUUUUGUAAUUGUAUAAAAAAGAAAAUAAUGUAUUUAUACACAGACACAUUUA